AUGGAUCAAGCUAAACCUGGAUUUCUAGAUCAGUUUUUAUUGGAAGACAUUUCUCGUCAUUGUCCUCAUCAGUUUUUAUCUUUCCAUCAAUGCAUGACAUUACCUGAACCAGAUCCAAAUCAAUGUUUCCAACAACAAGUUGAUUUGACUAAAUGUAUCAAAACAUCAGUUCCUUCAUUUGCUAAAAUUCAAAAUGAAUGUUUUGGGAAAAUGCAGGCUUAUGAAGCAUGUCUAAAAUUGAACAAGAGUAACACAAAGAGUUGCAGUCAUGAAUUACAAAGUUUGAGAAAUUGUGCUUUUGGAACCAUAGAUAAAUAA